AUGGGACAACGCCUCAGCGUUAUGUGGGACCCGCUGGCUCCCGGACUUCUCAAGGACUUCAAGCGCUACGAUAUUGUCGACACGCGCGCGCCAAGAGUUCCUAAAGGCAAUCCUUCUACUGCCAAAUACAAAGUUGCCGGUGUGUUCUCGGUCUAUGACACUUCAUUCUGCAUGUUUCACUUCAUUGAGCAUCGCCGCGCGCUUAUCCUCGUCGAUUGCGAGACGAAACGUUUCUACGUCUACACGUUCUGUAGAUGCUGCGUCUGCUACGGUGUUCUCGAUUUUGACAUGUUACACCCGAUUCCAUUUCCUCGUCUCGUCUCCCGCUUCAUCCCGACGGAACUGGGCUGGAAGAAACGUAACAAGGGCCGCGUUUUUGUGACUGUCGAGCGUUUUCAGGAUAAUAAGAAAGAAGAGGAGCAAUAUGACGUCAAAUUCUGGGAUGAAACCAAGUUCUGCACCGACACCGAGUUUAUCAAGGAGUUGAGAUUCGCUCAAAGAUUCGAGUAUCUCGGAGCUGGACCGAUUUUGAAUCUCAAAGUUUCCUGCAGCAUGCACGCAUUGCAUGAGGUCGGCGGAGGCAUGUUCCUCAAGGAUGGCGGCAUCACAUGCUUCGUGCCAUUCUGUAAAGUCUGCAUCCGCAAGGACUACAUACGCCAAGCUCGAUUGUCGAUCUGGCCAGCUAGUCUCAUGGAGCUUGUACGCCGUCACUACCCAUUCAAGCACGACGCCGAUCCAGACAUGGACAUCUGGUUCACCAGAAUGCUCACUCGUGCCAAGUGGGCCGAGAAGUACAACAAGAUGAAGUAA